CAUCCGUCCCAAUAAACCAGGAACCUCCAUUUCCUUCCUCUCCCUUCCUCUCCCUUCCUCUUCCUUCCUCUCCCUUCCUCUUCCUUCCCCUUUUUCCUCCUGUAAAUUAGCUGCGCCCUGUACCCCCGCCGCGGCCUUCCCCCAGGGCCACUGCGCACCCCAGCCGCGCCAGGCCCCGCACACCAGGCCCCAGGCCCUAGGCCCUAGGCCCCAGGCCCAGGCGCACGCGCACCCACCACAGCCAGGCGCACCCACCACAGCCGUCCUACCCCAUCGCCAUGAGCCACCAAUACGGCAUCGUCAUCGACUCCGGGUCGUCCGGCUCGCGCGUGCACGUCUACCGGUGGCCGGCCCCCGCAGCACAAAACACCGCCGCCACCGCCGCCCAGCAGGCCGCCGUGCGCCACGCGCCGCCCGCCGUCUCCCAGGACCCCGGCUGGACCAUGAAGAUCUCGCCCGGCGUGGCGUCGUUCGCCUCGCGCCCGCGCGCCGUGUGGAAGCUCCACUACCGGCAGCUCGUGCGCUUCGCCGAGGCCAUCGUGCCGGCGGCGCAGCUCGCCACCACGCCCGUGUACAUCCUCUCCACCGGCGGCAUGCGGCUCUUGCCCGCCCGCCAGCGCCAGGCCAUCCUCGCCGAGACCUGCCGCGCCGUGCAGCGGCACAGCCGGCUCCUCGUGGCCAGCUGCGCGGAGCACGUGCAGACCAUCGACGGCGCCGCCGAGGGCGUGUACGGCUGGGUGGCGUUGAACCAGUUGCUGGGCGUGUUUGCGCGCGGCGCCGGCGCGCCGGAAACGGCCCGCUCCGUGGGCUUCUUGGACAUGGGCGGCGCGUCCGCGCAGGUGGCGUUCGAGCCCGGCGCCGCGGCCCGGCGGCGCCACGCGGACGCGCUCGCCACGGUCACGCUCCGCCUGGUGGACGGGCACGCGCAGCAGUGGCGCGUGUUCGUGCAGACGUGGCUCGGCUUCGGCGCCAACGAGGGCCGCCGCCGGCACCUCCAGCAGCUCGUGUCGCUCGCGGCGGCGGCGGCGGGCGGCGCGCCGCCGGCCGUGGUGCCGGACCCGUGCAUGCCCAAGGGCAGCGUGUUCCAGCUCCAGCCGGACGGCGCCCCCGAGCACACGGUCGAGGGCACGGGCGACUACGCCCAGUGCGCGCGGGCCGUGUACCCGUUGUUGAUGAAGCACGUGCCGUGCGCCGCGCAGCCGUGCCUCUUCAACGGCGUGCACGGCCCGCGGAUGGACUUUGCGGCGGCGCGCUUCGUGGGCGUGGCCGAGUACUGGUACACGGCGCACGACGUGCUCCACAGCGGCGGCGAGUACACGGCCGCGGGCUUCGUGGCGAAGACGCGCGCGUUCUGCGAGAGCCCGUGGGCCACGGUGCUCGACAACCAGCGCCGCGGUGUGUACGGGGACGUGUCUGCGGCGCAGCUCCAGGCCGCGUGCUUCAAGGCCGCGUGGGUGGCCAGCGUGCUCCACGAGGGCCUCGGGCUCCCGCGGCUGGGGGGGCUGCGGGGGAUUGAUGGUGCUGGGAUUGAUGGUGCUGGGAUUGAUGGUGCUGGGAUUGAUGGUGCUGGGAUUGAUGGGGCUGGGAUUAAUGGUGCUGGGAUUGAUGAGGCUGGGUUUGAGGGCGACGGGAUUGAUGGUGCCGGUUCUGAUGGUGCCGGUUCCGAGGGCGAGGACAGCCUCCGGGAUGGAUCCGCCCCCCGGGAUGAAAACGGCCUCCGGGAUGAAAACGGUUCCGAGGGCGAGGACGGCCUCCGGGAUGACGCCGCCCCCGGCCUGCCGCGCCACGUCCCCUUCAUGUCCGCCAACGCCAUCGACGGCAUCGAGAUUUCCUGGACGCUCGGCAAAAUGUUGCUCGUGGCCGCCGCCCAGAUCGAGCCCGCGGACGACGCGGUCGUGGGCGUGGUGCCCAGCACCAUGGCGCUCCGCGCGCUCAGUGACUCCGACGACGACUCUGACGACGACCCCGCCGCGGUCUCCGUGCCCGGCCUCGUGCACGUGGCGCUCGCCGCCGCCGUCGUCUACUUCGUGUACCGCGUGCUCCGCAAAGCGCUAGCCUCGCAGCGCCGCCGCCUGGGCGGUGCCGACGCGGCCGUGCCCCGGGCGCUCCGCGGCGCUCUCGCCCACGCCCGCGGCUCGCUCCCGCGGUUCUGCGGGCCGCCGCUCGGGCGGGCACUCGACUUCUUUGAACGGCGCCGGCACGACGGCGCCUGCUCGGACCUCGAGGAGGGCCGCGGCGGCCGCGCCGUGUCGCCUCGCGCGACGGUGCUCCGCACACGGUCGACGGCCAGCUUCGGCGACGCCCUGCCGGGCGGCCUGCGCGGCGGCGAGUUCAUGAGCAAGCCGUUCGCCAACCCCAAGAGCGCGGGGUUUGUCGGCGCGCCCCACGGCCCGCGCGACGUGCCUCUGAAGCUGCUGAGCUCGGGCUCGGUGGGCCGCCUCGGCCUGUAGGCGGCGCGCGGGGCGGAUGGCCUGUCCGUGAAGGUGCGCAGUGGGGGGUGGAGGGGCAUGGGGAGGAGGGCCGAGGCAUCUCGAAGGGCGGUAAAAGGGUGGUCUGAGGGACAGAUGAAGGAGAGAGGGGGGCAGUUGAACGACGGCGAAAGGUAUUUGUCAGGGUAGCCCAAGAGCCUGUCCAAAUUACGGUCUGAAGGACAGUCCAAAAGGUUGUCUUAGAGGGAGUCCAUGAGGCAGUUUGAAAGGCAGAAGGCCGUGUGAAAGG